UUUACGGUGCCACCCAGAGAAGCCCCGCCUGGCCAAACAGUGGGACCAGGCAGCCCGAACAAUUCGGUGACUGCCGCGGAGCUAUGUACCCUUGACAGUUCAAAAGUUCAGCGGUGAGCGGCUGGGCUACCGGUGCCACGCCUCGCUUCCAGAUAAGUCCGACUGGCGGGAAACUAGUGCGAAAACGGAGCGAGCGCCAAGCGCAGAAAGGAACGUCCCCUGACCUACGGGGCGGCGGGAGGGAACGGGGGCCCGCGCGGGAGAGCCGAUGGACCGCUCAGCCCUGUCCUGUGUCCUUUCCCCAGGUGAGAACGGGAGUGUCAGCGAGGUGAAGAAGCGCUGCGGAGAGGCUGAGCAGCCGCAGCAAGUAGCGCCUCCGGGAGAAGCUCCUUACGAGGGAAAGGCUGCGGGGAGCAGCGGCGAGCAGCCCGUCGCGAUGGAACCGAGCGUGGCGGGAGAGGAAGGGGACGGCGGCGGGCCGAACGCGCAGCUUCCCCUGCAGGCACCCUGCGGCUUCAGCUCGGCGCUGUGCUUUAGCUCGUCCGGCGGCGGCGGCGACCAAGCUGCGCAUCCGGAGAUCGACGCAACCUCCCCUUCCUCCUCCUCGUCUAGCAACAGCAGCAGCCGCCGCGUAGUGAAGAACCAGUGGGAUAUUAACAACGCGGCACCCGAGUCGGAGGAAGAGGAAGAGGCCGGCGGAGGGAGUCGUGGCGGACUUCAGCCGCAGCCUGGGUCCUUCAGGGCUCCUGCUCAGGUCGGCGAGCCGCCCCUGCAGCAGCCGGAGCCUUUUCCUUCCCAGGUGCCGGCCGAGGAGCCAGACUUGGUGAUCGAGGUGUCCGGGCGGCGGAUCCGGGCGCACAAAGCGGUGCUGGCGGCCAAGAGCGACUAUUUCCGCGCGCGCUCCUCGCGGGACAUCCUGCGCGUCAAGGGGGUGAGCUACGGAGCGCUGCGGCUGCUGCUGGAAUACGUCUACACGGCGCGCAUGGGAGAGGUGCGGCACGACAACCUGGCUGAGGUGGUGAGUGGCGCCCGCGUGCUCCAGAUGCCGUGCGCUCUGCACUGUGCGGCCGAGGCCAUGCGGGCCCAGCUCAGCCUCGAGAACUGCUACCAGCUGCUCUGCCUGGCCAAGAAGCAGCGGCUGACGGAACUGCGGGAAGCCGCCUACCGCUUUAUGAGCGACCACUACCUGCAGGUAUUGCGCGAACCCUCCGUCUACGGGCGUCUCAGCGGAGCCGAGCGCGACCUCAUCCUGCAGCGCCGCCUGGAGGCCGGCAAGGCCUGCCUGCUGGUGGCAGAGGUGAGCGACGCCUUCGAGAGGCUCAGCGCGGGGAGCCGCCCGCAGAGCCGAGAGAGCAGCCGCCCGCAGAGCCCUUCUUCCGUGGUGUCCCUGGAGGAGAGCAGCUCCCUGCUCUACAGCUACCAGGAGGGGGCCCAGGAGUGGAGGGUUCUCACCCGCUUACCUGAGGAAGCCAAUGCCAAGGGGUGCGCCAUGUGUGUCCUGUACAACUACCUUUUCUUAGCAGGCGGGAUCUCUGCCAGCCCUGGAGACCAGCGGCCCAAGCUGUCGGACAAGGUUUUUUGCUACAAUCCCUUGACUGAUACUUGGAGCCAGGUGAAGCCUAUGGGGCAGCCUCGUGCUCAGCUGAAGCUCCUGGCCCUGGAUGGUUAUCUCUAUGCUGUGGGGGGAGAAUGCCUCUUCACAGUGGAGAAGUAUGACCCCCGUGCAGAUCGGUGGAGCCCAGUGACCCCUUUGCCCAAGGGUGCUUUUGCUGUGGCACAUGAGGCUACCACCUGCAAUGGGGAGAUCUACGUGUCAGGGGGGUCCCUCUUCUACCGUCUUCUCAAGUAUGACCCCAAGCGGGAUGAGUGGCAGGAGUGUCCUUACAACAGCAGCCGGCGACGCUCUGCUGACAUGGUGGCCUACAAGAGCUUCAUUUACCGCUUUGAUGUGAGCAGCUGUCGUGGGGAGCAAGGGCAGGGGGGCGGCGUGGAAGUCUUCCAGUAUAAUACGGUGGCCAAGCACUGGCGUCAGUGCACUUCCUUCCGUCCCACUGGCAGCCCAGUGCAACCGUUUCGCUGUGCUGCAUUGGGCAGCACCAUCUAUUGUGUCAACCGGACUGGGAUGUUGAGCUUUAACUUGUCUCAGAAUGGGGAGGUGGAAGCCGAUGGGGGACUUAAAGGCACCUUUGACACAGAACUGCUCAAAGCCCCCUUUGAUACGAAAGGUCUCCUCCUCCCAUUUGUGCUUAUCCUCCCAGAGAAAGAGAAAAUUGGGGAGCCAGAGAGUCCUCUAACGUUGUAAGAGCUGACCUGGUAUUGGGACCACUGCCUAGCAUGCAGUGCGUCUCUGUGCUUUUUCCUUUUAUCGGUGUCAACAGCAUAGGGAUUUUACUGAAGUGUGGAUGAGGGCAGGUACAAGCUCUCCAGUCUUGGGUGGUAACGAUGGUUGGGCUCCAAAGGCAAUAGAAGUAGUGGAAGCUAAUCCAGGGUGGAAAGGCACCAGUAUGUAACAACUCCUUUGAGGGUAUAGAAGCAAAUAGGAGACCAUUGUCAGAAAUGUUUUUAAUUCAUGCAUGCAUGCACCACUGUGGGGAAUUAUCAUGUUCCACCUAAAGUGUUGACUAGCUGUUCAGAGGCUUCCUUACUGUACUUCAUGUAGGAAAGAAUUCAUCUCUUGGCACUCAUGUAUACCAGCCAGUGAAAAGCUGUAAAACAGAUUUGAUUGUACCAUAUCUGCGCCCUUUUCUAAUCUAGAAGUAUGUUGGAUCUGUGUAAAAACUAGGAAGCAACCAAUUUUUAAAGGAAUUUUGAUUAUGGCAGUGUUCUCUUUGUACAUACACAUCUUUGAAAGAAGUUUCUUCUGGGUACCUUGUGCUUGGUUUUCUUGCUCCUGGAUGCAAGUAGUACCUAGGGGCCACAGGAGGACAAGGUGCAUGUAACAAGGUAUGCCAUUUAGGAAGUUUAAUAGGCAAAAACAAUGCUGCUUGUAUGAAAAAGCAAUCGGUGAUCAUCCAGGUCAUAAUUUUUUAAAAAAUCUAAUGGAAUCUUUAUUGAAGAUAAGGCAUUGUGCAGCCUCAGGAAGUUGCAACAAUAGUGCAUGAGUUAACAGAAGCAAAGCUUAAGGUUUCAAACAAGUAGCAUUUUUCCCAUUUGUAUAUAUGGGGAAAAGAAGGAGAGUAAAAAAGAAGCACCAAUAUAUCUAUUCA